AAGAGAUGGAUGAAAAUUUCGGUGAUCCCGUGGUUGAAGAAAAUGGCAUUUCAUUCAAUUAUCGUGUCACUGCUGCUUGUGUAAGAGGAAAGAAUGUUUUCCACUUUCCAUCUAAUGUUGCUGCCAAUUGGUUAUUGCCGUUGCAAACUGAGAUAGACAUUGUCGAUGUUCAUACCGAUGCUGUUUACCCAUGUGUGUUGAAGACUGGUAGGAGGCCAGGGGAGAGAUAUCUUUGCUUAGGUUGGUAUGAGUAUGUUAAAGCAACUCGUCUGAGGGCUGGUGAUGUUCUUGAGUGCACUGUGGCAGAUCCUCCUACAAGAAUGUUUGUUCGUUUUAUGAUGUAAUACGAAUAAUUUUAGGCGUAUAAUUAAACUUGGUUGAAGAUGGAAAGUAAUUUUCUUUGAUGUUUUGUUAAGUAGUUGGUAUGUAGUUUGUUUUGAUGUUGUCUGUUUUGGUGUUGAAAUGAAUCAAAUGUUGAGUUUCAUUAUGUACGUUUGCAGUGUA